AUGGGGCGGGCAGGCUGGGCACGGACACAGGACCUCCCGAGGCCAGGCUGGGGCUCGCAUGGGGCGGGCAGGGACCCCCGUUCUGGACCCCCGUCUGGCACCCCGCUGGCCACAGGGCCAGGCUGGGCUUCGGCGGGGGACCCCCUGGCCACAACGGCAGGCUGGGGGCUUGGCGGGCAGGACCCCCGUCCUGGCACCCAGGGCCAGGCUGGGCUUGGUCAUGGGGCGGGUCGGACCCCCUGGCACCAACAGGGCCAGGGGGGCUUCGGGGGCGGCAUGACCCCCCCGUCUGGCACCACAGGGCCAGGCUGGGGCUUCGGCAUGGGGGCGGGCAGGCACCUGGCACCAACAGGGCCAGGCGGGCGGCCCGUCUGGGCCGGCAGGGACCCCCCGUCCUGGCAGGCCAGGCUGGGGGCUUGCAUGGGGCGGCAGGUAUGCCGUCUUGGCAGCACAGGGCCAGGCUGGGCGCUUCGCAUGGGGCCGGUCUGGCAACCAACAAGCAUGGCACCAAGGAGCCACACUGGACCCCCGCUGGCACCACAACCACUCUGGGGGCAUGGGGCGGGCAGGACCCGUCUGGCACACAGGGCAGGCUGGGGGCUUUGGGGCGGCAUGGGCGGGCAAGGCGGCCAGGACGGGGCCCCGCUGGCACCACAGGGCCAGGCUGGGGGCUUCGGCAUGGGCGGGCCAGGACGCCCCGUCUGGCCAGGCCUGGGCUUUCGGCACAGGGUUGCCUGGCCAGGCUGGGGCUUCGGCAUCGGGCAGGCGCUGGCACCACAGGCAGGCUGGGGGCUUCGGAUGGGGCGGCAGUGA